UGGGAAAGGGGGACGUUUUUUUGCGUCCGUAGCCAGUUGGUUACGUUCAAUUUAGCUCUAUAUUACACUCUCUGCGAAUAUUUGUGGUUUGAUUUGUGUCUCUUUUCUAUUUAAGUAAAUUGUAAAGUUUUAGAGAAGUAGAUAAACAUUGAGUGAGGAGGGGUCGGUUUUAUAAGAUAGCUUACGGUGCCAAACCGAGGUUAAGGACGGAAGGAGGACUCGUGAGAGGGUGAAACGCUUCUGAAUGGAAUGCGUCCACAAGUCUUCGGGCCGCCUUUCUUUAAUUACGACUUGAGCAACAAGGAAAAGUGGAAAAGAGGCGCAGGCUCCGGUCAAACUAGAGUCGAACCAGCGCGUGAGGCGAAGGAAAGAGAGGAAGUGAGUGUGGACGGUUCCUCUUCUCUGUUUCCUUCACUCCACACCGGACCAGCGGCUCCACAGGAUACCUCAGGCUCCCACGGACACCAUGGCUGCUGCUCCCUUGAACAGAUGGGACCGAGGAGGCGCCUCCACGGAGCUGCACUGAGCGGAAGAGCGUAGGCUGCUGGGAUCACCCACACAACGUCAGUGACUCUUUUUGUCUGACACACACACACACAGAAGAAGAAGAAGAAGAUGGGGCAUCCCCCGCUGGAGUUCAGUGCCUGCUACCUGGACAGCCCGGAGUUCAGAGAGACCCUCAAGUGCUACGAGGUGGAGCUGGACAGGACCAGCAAGUCCCUCAAGGAGCUGAUCAAAGAUGGCAACAGUGUCAUCACUGCGAUCAGGGGUUAUUCUGUGGCUGUGCAAAGGUUUUCUCAGACUCUCGGCAUGUUCCAGCUCGACUUCAUCGGUGACUCCCUGACCGACGAUGAGAUCAACAUCGCCGAGUCGUUCCAUGAGUUCGCUGGUCUCCUGCAGGAAGCGGAGCACGACAGGAUGAUGCUGGUACAGAACGCCUCCGAUCUUCUCAUCAAGCCGUUGGAGAAGUUCAGAAAAGAGCAAAUCGGAGUCACUAAAGAAAAGAAGAAGAAGUUUGAGAAAGAGAGUGAAAAAUAUUACUCUCAGCUGGACAAACACCUGAAUCUCUCUGCCAAGAAGAAAGAGAGUCAACUUCAAGAGGCCGAUGAACUGUUGGACAGAGAGCGGGUGAACUUCUACGAAUCGUCAGUGGAGUACGUGUACCAGAUCCAUCAGGUGCAGGACCGGAAGAAGUUUGAUGUGGUGGAGCCGGUGCUGGCGUUUCUUCACAGCAUUUUAACGCUCAACAACCUGACAGUGGAGAUGACUCAGGACUUCAUGCCUUAUAAGCAGGAGCUGCAGCUCAGCUUGCAGAAUACAAGAAACAACUAUGAGAGCACACGUGAGGAGAUGGAGGAGCUGAUGAAGAGAAUGAAGCAGCCGUCGCAGAUCUGUAAAAUGCAUAAUUUCCUGCCAGUGGAGGGUUAUCUGCAGUGCCAGGAGAAGUGGGCUUUGGGGAUGACGUGGGUGAAAUAUUAUUGCAAGUAUCACAAGGAGGGAAGACAGCUGGUCAUGGCACCUUGUGAACAGAAGCCUACAACUAAACAGGGCCCCACACAGCUGACAUUGAAGUCUUGCAUUCGCAGGAAGACAGAGUCCAUAGACAAGCGCUUUUGCUUCGACGUGGAAACUAACGAGAGAAACACGCCCGUUACUUUCCAGGCUCUUUCCGAGGGGGACAGGAAGAUGUGGAUGGAGGUCAUGGAUGGAAAAGAGCCUAUCUAUCACUCCCCAAUUCACAAUCAAGCUGAAAUGGAGCUGAACGAAACUGGAUUUAAAUUUGUGCGAAAGUGCAUCAACUAUAUUGAAUCAAAAGGAGUGACACAAGAAGGAGUGUACCGAACAGUUGGCAGCAACAUCCAAGUGCAGAAGCUCUUAAAUACCUUCUUUGACCCCAUGAAUCCAGCUGAUGUGGACCUUCACAGCAGCGAGUUGGAUGUUAAAACCAUCACCAGUGCAUUGAAGUUUUACCUCAGGAGUCUGUCUGAACCACUGAUGACCUACGACCGACACACGGACCUCAUGCGUGCUGCAAAGUCAGAUAAUCUGGACUUUCGACUGAGUGAAAUUCAUUCUCUCACCCACAAAGUACCGGAGAAGAACCGUGAGAUGCUGGAGAUGCUAAUCAAACACUUGGUGAAUGUGUGCAGCCACAGCGAUGAAAACCUCAUGACUCCUUCUAACAUGGCCGUCAUCUUUGGACCCACGCUGAUGAGGGCGAGGGAGGAGACUGUCGCGGCCAUGUUGGAUAUCAAGUUCCAAAACAUUGUCGUUGAGAUCCUGAUAGAGGACUACAAAAAGAUAUUCAGUAAUACGCCAGAGGACAGCACCGCCCCGCCUGUCCCUCCUCCGCGGAUCACCCCGAGAAAGCGGCAGCCCAUCACAAUCUCCAAGCGGCCACCUCGUGUUUAUCAACCGCUUAGUCACGACAACUUCCAGAACACUGAGAAUGGUCAGGAGAUCAGUUCCGCAGCGGACGUCUCUGUGAACCCUGUCCCCCUCCUACGGACAAAACCUGUAAGCUGUGCUCCACUGAUGCCGAAAGACCCUCCUCCGAGAGUGCCGCUGAUGCCCAGGCCGUCGAUCCGCUCCGACAGACCCCGGGACUCUGACCUUGGGAAGGUAGAUGAUACGAGGCAAAGGCCUGAUUCCUCCUCUGCAGCAAACGGGGAAUCUGGAGUCUAUGUGAGCCGAGUACCAUCUUUCCAGAGCAGGAAACCACCUCCGAAGGGCACGUCAUCCAACAGAGAAGGAGAUUCUGAUGGUCUGACCAGAACGAAGUCCGCAGAGAAACAUGCCAUUUGCAGACCCCCAGUGAGGCCUCCUGAGCCCCCCUCCAGACUGCCCGCUGCACAAAAGCCCCAAACUGCAGCCAGCAGCGAGAGCUCGGCCCCAUCCUACGUCGCCUCAAAAACUAAGUUUUUUGAGAACGCCUCGAGGAAAGUAGGCAGUCCACCGACCUCUCCGUCAGCAUCAUCGGCGACAAAUGUAAAGAAAGAGAAUUGAAGUUGAGGAGAUGCAUACCACGUCGUAUGACCUCACCCUGUACUGUUAGGAGCUCACUGAGCUGGAGGGAGUCGCCACUGAUGAAUUCAGUCGAUUUUGAUCUCAGCAGAUAAAGUGAGGAAGUGACUCUCGACGCGACUGGACUCGAUGAUAAGAAUCCUCAUUUGAAUGAGCUUCUACAGAAACUUUGUCAGUGUUUGAAAAUUUGAAUGAAGUAAAUGUAUUUCUUUUGCCUUCCACAUCAGACAACACUGAUAAUGUCACAAUGUAUUGUAAUUUUACAGUGUUUAACUGUUCAAAUGAAACUUUUAUAUGUGGGAACUAACUAUUUUAAUGGGCAAUGACUCAUCCUUAUUUUUAACAUUUGUUUUCAGCAAUGUGAAAUAGAUGUCCCAAAGAAGACUAAUUAAUUCAAACUGGCUCAAAUCAGUUAAAUCAAAAAUGAAUUGUGGCUAUGCAAAGAAAUUGAGAAACUCUAUUUAGAGAGAGAACCUUUAAUUUCAGUAUUUAAACAAAUGAGGAUUUGAAAAAGAAAUCUGAGAAGAUUUUAAUGUUUUUCAUGGAACUGGACAGUUGAAUUCAUCUUAAGCUACUUCUCACAAUGGAGCUAUUAUGACUAUAAAAGCUAUUUUAAUCGUCCAUUACAAAAAAGAACAUUUUAAUAUUAAUUAUCUCAGCUGAGAUGGAGCUCGUCACACGGAAAUAAAGCACUUUUUAAAAGGCAUUAGAAAAGUAUUUGCUAUGAAGUGUCGGACUGUAUUACAGUCAGUGUAGUUUGAGUGUACAUAUAAUGCUAGUGUUAGUUUUAAAAACUCAAGGUCACAUUCCCUCACUUCUGACCAUGACAUCAAUCAUGUCUUACUCUUGUAGGUUGGUCAGGUUUUACAAAGAGUUGUCUUAGAUUUUUUUAUUUGAAGAGGUGAUGUUUGCUGGAACUUGUUCCACCGAAAAUGUAUCGUUGGGAUCAGAAAGCAGGUCAAAAUCCGACUGGAUCGACAUGUGGCUCCACUUUCACGCUCUGUACAGAAAUUAAGUUAAAAAUCCAGGAUAUGAAAGCCCUCGUCUUGCAUAUUUAGAGCCUGAGUUGUAGUAAUUGGCCGAUGGAGCCACGGCAGCGAGGUCCUGCCGAUACAUGUGCUCGACUCAGUCUCAUGUCAAUCAUGACAUUUCACCCCGUUUUUAUAGAAUCAAAUUAUAAAUGAAAACAAAACUUGCUGAAAAAAGAAGCACUUGCAGAAUCAUCAGUGUGAUAAAAACUGUCAAAAAGACCACUUUGAUAAAUAAAUAUUUGACACGUACUUCGACUUUUUUGUUUAAUCUAUGUCUCAUCUAGAAACAUAGAGGAAACAGGAUUUAUUCCCAAUCCUGCAGUAAGCCACCAGGGCAUGAUCAAGACGAAUGAUGUUGCCCAUUUUUAAUUGCAGUUAAAAAUUGCAGUGAAUACAAAAUUGGCUUCAAAACUGAUACAAACUGUUACAAUAUAAAUAACACUCCAUUUUGUUUUGUUCUUAACAUGGAAAUGUUCGUUUUACACUUGCAUAAUUUUUUGGGUGAACCCAAAUGGAAAAUUCUGUUCUGCUCUCUGGUUUCCAAAAAAAUUAAAAAAAUGAACACAACACGCUCUUCCCUUGACCGCUGUGUAUUUUCGUGCACUUCUGUGUUACUGUCUGAUGCCUCAGUGUCGCUGAUCUUGAAAUCAGUCUCAUAACUUAUGUUUCACAUUUUCACUAAAUAAAUAUGAAUAUUGCUGAGCAGUUAACAGUUUCUGUAAAAUAUUUAUCACCCAGUGAUGUGGUGUUAACAGCUCUGUUAUAUAACUCGAGGUCACACCCGUCUCUGCCGGCAAAGUGCCACUUAUCUUAUUCAAGCGUAAAGUUGCUAAAGUUGUUAGUUGCGUUUAGUUUGUAUUCUAGCGUUUGUACAAAGUGCAAGAGGAGUGUGCAGAGUUGUGACAUAGAUGAAUAAAUCAGGGUGCAUCUUAAAACCAUUAAACAAGCCUUGAUUUGGUUUCAUUCACACAGGAGCAUUCUCAGUGACACCUGGUACUGCAUGCUCUGACAGUGGAUGGAUUGUUAUUCAUUUUUCACAUGUUGUGUUUGCAUAUAUAAACUGUUGUUGGCAAGGUGACGUGCGAAACUGGAUACAAGCCCUAUGAUGCUACAAUAAAGAGUCAUUUUCUA